AUGCCAAAUAAAAACGAGAGACUUACUCAAAUGGCAACCACUCCUUCAUCUCAAAUGGCAACCACUCCUUCAUCUUCUUCAACUCCAUCUUCACCUUCUUCACCUUCUUUAACAACUCUUAUUGAUUUUAAUUUGUAUGAUGAUGAUAGUAAUUUCGAUUCAAAGCAAGUAAUGUUCCCCUUGUUUGAGACAGAGACUUCUGAAAUUCCUUUGGACGAAAACAUUCAUGAAAUCCAACCAGCAACAAUCGACAAUAAUAUUGAAAAGAAAUUCGAAACUUCAAUACCUAUUACCGAACAAAAUGUUAUCCAACCUAAUUUUAACGAAAACAAAUCCCAUUCCCUUAUGAAUAGUGACGAUAUUAUCCCCAAAUAUCAAUCCUUAAAAUGGGAGCAUUUGGGUAAAUCCGACAUUAUCCAAUCAUCCAAAAAAUCUUAUUAA